AUGGGCCUGGAACUCUACCUGGACCUGCUGUCCCAGCCCUGCCGCGCUAUCUACAUCUUCGCCAAGAAGAACCGCAUCCCCUUCGAGCUGCACACCGUGGACCUGCGCAAAGGCCAGCACCUCAGCGACACCUUUGCCCAGGUGAACCCCCUGCAGAAGGUGCCAGUCUUGAAGGACGGGGACUUCAUCUUGACUGAGAGCGUGGCCAUCCUGCUCUACCUGGCCCGCAAGUAUAAGGUCCCCGACCACUGGUACCCAAGGGAUCUGCAGGCCUGUGCCCGUGUGGAUGAGUACCUAGCCUGGCAGCACACAGCCCUGCGGAGAAACUGCCUCCGAGCCCUGUGGCAUAAGGUGAUGCUCCCUGUUUUCCUGGGUGAGCCGGUCUCUCCUGAGAUGCUGGCGACCACUCUGGCCGAGUUGGACAUGGCCCUGCAGGUGCUUGAGGGAAAGUUCCUCCAGGACAAAGCCUUUCUCACUGGGCCCCACAUCUCUCUGGCUGACCUGGUAGCCAUCACAGAGCUGAUGCAUCCCGUGGGUGCCGGGUGCCAAGUCUUCAAAGGCCGACCCAAGCUGGCCGCGUGGCGCCAGCGCGUGGAGGCAGCGGUGGGGGAGGUCCUCUUCCAGGAGGCCCAUGAGGUCAUCCUCAAGGCCAAGGACUCUCAGCCUGCAGACCCCACCUUAAAGCAGAAGAUGCUGCCCAAAGUGCUGGCCAUGAUCCAGUGA